GGACUGAUUAUAAUACAGAUGUUGUGUGCAAUGAGCUUGGAUAUAUGUAUGGUUAUGAAACCAUAGUUAGCAGUGGAGGAGGUCCUAGACAUUCAAGAUACUUCCAAUGUGAAUAUCCAACUCAACACCUCUCAGACUGUGCCAAUCGAACUGACACAUCUCAUAGAUCACAGAGUCCUGAUGUGGGCAUAAAUUGUUAUAGAGGGUACUGUUAUGAUGGUGAUAUGAGACUUGUAGACGGUGAAACAAACUGGGAAGGGAGACUUGAGAUGUGCCAGGAUGGAAGAUGGGGGACUAUAGCUGCAGAGAGUGAAACAUGGGGAGAAACAAACUAUCGAUUUGCCUGUAAUGCUCUUGGCUUUGGUACAAGAGUUAAUUCAUCCAUACCACAUUCUUUGUCAAAGCCAGUUUUCCUGAGCAAUGUCAAGUGCCAGAACACAACACUAUCACUGUUACAGUGUGGAUAUAGUACACCUCAAAUUAUCAAUACAAUUGAAGAUGUUCGAAUACACUGCGAAGAAGCAUUAUGCAAGGAUGGACAGAUUCGUCUAGUUGGCGGUGGUGGUCAUGCCAAAGGACAACUUCAAUACGGUUUCAGUCAUAGGUGGACUGCAGUCAAG